CAGGAAGUUGGGCAGGGAGCUGGGGUUGGCUUGUAUUCCUUCCCCCUGGAUAGACUCCUAUAUAUAUAUAUAUUUUUUUUCUUUUUCUUUCCUGGAUUGGGUCCGUGCUCUUUGAGACGCCAAGAUGAGCUGCUUCAGCUUCAUCAAGGUCAUCAUGAUCUUGUUCAACCUGGCCAUAUUUCUCGGCGGCGCGGCCCUCCUAGGAGUCGGGAUCUGGGUCUCCGUGGAUGGGAGCUCGUUCAUGAAGAUCUUCGGUUCGGUCUCCUCUUCGGUCCUGCAGUUCGUCAAUGUGGGCUACUUCCUCAUUGCCAUCGGAGCCGUUUUGCUCGUCUUGGGCUUCCUGGGGUGCUGCGGGGCCCAGAAGGAAAGCAAAUGCCUCCUGAUGACGUUCUUCUCCAUCGUCCUGAUCAUCUUCAUCGCGGAGGUUGCUGCUGCCGUGGUGGCUCUCGUCUAUACGAGUAUGGCAGAGACCCUGCUGACGGCCACAGUCACGCCAGUACUGAAGGAGAACUAUGGGAAGUCUUCAGAUAUCACCCAGAUCUGGAACACCACCAUGGAAGAGCUGCACUGCUGUGGCCUGACUAACUACACGGACUUCACCGACUCUCCCUAUUACAACAACAAUGGCAAAAUGUACCCAAGCUACUGCUGCCCCAAGGGUAUGAGCAGAUGCAAUGAGACUCUUGCAGGCAGAGGAGAUGUCUCGGGUUGCUUUGAGCAGCUGCUGAAGCAAAUCCGCACGAAUGCCAGUGUAGUGGGCGGUGUGGCAGCCGGCAUCUGCGCCCUGGAGAUUGCAGCCAUGGUUGUGGCCAUGUACCUGUAUUGCCACCUGGAUGAGAAAUGACACCAUCAACAGAUCUGUGCCUAGGCCAGAGGAGGAGGAAUGGCCUAAUUCUGUGUAUAUUUUCUACGUUGGAAAAAUCUGAGCAUGUCUUGGACACAGUGUUGUCCCAUGCCGCUUUCAUUUUUUUUUUUUUUUAAAUGAUCUACUGAGCUGGAAUCUGUAGAGAGCCUGUGUGCUGGGGCUGUUUUGUACAUGUUCUUGGUAUGCUACAACCUAUAGAUACAUGAUCUUGCAGUAGAAGAUGCUUCCCUCUUUUUCCAGCCUCAGCGCAGAGAAACAAAUGGGACUGAGGGGCUAUGUGUGCCACUUGGGCUGUCCAUUUUACCCUCCAGCUGGCUCUGUGAUCCUCACAUGGCUAGGGAAUGAACAGGCCAGAUAUCACAAGUGGCUAACUCUGCCAGCCCCUCCCUCUCUGGUCUUUAAAAAAGAAAGUCUAGUUUUUGAGCUGACAGACUCCGGUUUGGAUAUUCGCACCACUGAGCUAGUGUGUGCACAGAAGGUCAUCCAGUGGGGUGAUGGAUUUGCACUGAAGCAGUUGGGAGUAGGAUCUGCCUUGAGUGAAAAUGUGGGUUUGGGAGUGUCACAGUAAGCAUCUGCCUAAACUUUAAGGGGGGGG